GGGGAGGUCCUUUGGGAGCCAAGGGCAGCUGCUUCUACAGCCUGGGUUAAUCAUUGGUGGCCAACCAGGCUCCCCCUUCCUGUGCCUGGGGCUCUCCUCCUCACUUCUCUGCUGUCAAGGAUGGAGCUGAGGGUGACAGCCCUUCUCUUCCUUCUGCCUUCGGCAAUGCUAUGGCUGCUGCCGUGGCCAUGGUCGUGGUUGUGGCUGAUACCUACCAUGGGGCUCCCGUGGCUUUCUCAAUGGCUUCCAGAGUCCCUGGUCCAGAGCUUCCCAGCCUGGAUCCGCUGGCUGCCAGAAGACAUGGCCUUUAUGGGCCACAUGCUAUACCUCAACUUGGCCCACAGGACUUCCCGCACAUCCUUAGUGGACCUGCUUGAAGUCCGGGCCAAGGCUAAUCCCGACCGGUUAAUGGUGGUAGAUACAGCCUCUGGCUGCCAGGUGAGCCUGGGGGAGAUGGAUCGCAAGAGCUGCCAAGUGGCCAGAGCCCUGGGCGCAGCCCUUCAUGGGUCAGUGGGGCUGAAGGAAGGAGACGUGGCCUCCCUGUUUUUCCUCGGACCCCAAGGCAUCUCCGCCCUCAGUCUCUGGUUUGGCCUCAGUAAGCUGGGCUGCCAGGUCGCCUGGAUCAACCCCCAUAUCCGAGGGCCUCCCCUCCUCCACGCUGUGCUCAGUGCUGGCUCCUGCAUCCUCGUGGCUGACCCAGAGCUACAGGAGGCUGUGGAGUCCAUUGCUCCAGAGUUGAUGGUCAAGGGUGUCCGGUGCUUCUACCUGAGCUCCACAUCUCCCACAAAGGGUGUGGAGCCCCUGAAGGACCACAUAGAGGCAGCCUCCUCUGAUCCAGUGCCCCGCCAGAUUCGAGCUGGAGUCACCUCUAAAAGCCUGGCUCUCUUCAUCUACACUUCUGGGACCACUGGACUCCCCAAGCCAGUGAUCUUGAACCACAAUCGGGUAUGGAUGAUAUCAUUAUCCCUGAGAGCUUUUGGGGUCCGGCAGAAUGACGUCUUCUACACAGCACUUCCCCUCUACCAUGUUUCUGCCUUGCUGAUUGGCAUCAUGGGCUGCAUGGAGCUAGGGUGCACCUGUAUCCUGGCCCCAAAGUUCUCAGCUUCAAGGUUUUGGGAUGACUGUCGGAAGUAUGAGGUGACGGUCAUCCAGUACGUUGGAGAGGUCCUUCGCUACCUGUGCAGCAAACCUGAACAACCCUGUGAUCGAGAGCAUAAGGUACGAUUGGCUGUAGGAAAUGGUCUUCGGCAAGAGGUCUGGAAACAGUUCCUGCAGCGCUUUGGGCCCAUUCGGAUCUGUGAGUUCUACGGCUCCACAGAGGGGAAUAUUAGCUUCAUUAACUACACUGGACGUUUGGGGGCUGUAGGCAAGAGCAGCCCUCUGCUUCAGUUGCUCAAACCCUUUGAGCUCAUCCAGUUUGACACUGAGACAGAGAAGCCGGUUCGGGACAAGAAGGGUCAUUGCAUCCCAGUGAGACCUGUUCUAUCUCCCUCUCUAGGGGAAACAGGACUGCUGGUAUCACCUGUCACCAGCUUCUCCCCCUUCCUGGGGUACCUUGGCUCACCAGAGCACACAGAAAAGAAGCUGCUCCGGGAUGUAUUGCAGCCAGGAGAUGUCUACUUCAAUUCUGGGGACUUGCUGUCUAGGGACUCAGAUGGCUUCCUCUACUUCCAAGACCGUAUUGGUGACACAUUCCGCUGGAAGGGAGAGAAUGUGUCUACAAGGGAGGUGGAAGGUAUGUUGUCCUUGGUGGACUUCCUGGAGGAGGUGAAUGUCUACGGUGUUCCUGUACCUGGUUGUGAGGGGAAGAUCGGGAUGGCAGCUGUGCGGCUGAGACCUGGAAAAGCAUUUGAUAGCCGGAAACUACACAGCUUCAUUCAAAAGGCACUCCCUGUCUACGCUGUCCCACACUUCAUUCGGAUCCAGGACUCCUUGGAGACCACAGGCUCAUUUAAGCUCAUUAAGUCUCGACUGGUUCGGGAGGGUUUUGACUUGAGUGCCAUCUCUGACCCCCUGUAUGUGUUGGACAGCAAAUCCAAGACCUUCCAGCCACUGACGCCAGAUUUGCACCGCGCCAUCUUAGAUGGAAGCUUCCAGCUGUGAUGCCUGACUCUAAACCCCAAGGCAUUCACAGGGACCCCUGAACCAAAACUUCCAGGUCCUAUCCAGCCGGGUGACUACACACUCCCUACCUAACUCAUGCCUCAGGUUAUCUCUACAUGGUUGGGGGGAGGGAGGUGAAGGAAUCCUUAACUAUUUUAGAGGAUAACUUUUCUAGCAUCAGGUCACUUUGGUGAGGAUGUGGAGGCAGGGAAUCCACCAAGUUUAUCCCCCUUGGCUCUAUUCUCAUUUUGGUGAGAGCAGCCAAAUAGCAACCCUCCUAUGCUCCCCAAAUGUCCUCACAGGAACCUCUGUCUCAGAGCUUGGGACAACACAGGGGACAAAAAAUAAACAUGAAACCAUCUUUGACCUUAAGAAGUUUCGGAUCUAAAAUUCCAAUACUGGGAGCAAAAAGGAAGAGGAAGAAGGGACCAGUGAGGUGGUAAUGAGGAUGGUGGGGCUAAUGGUGAUAGGGAUGAGGAGAAGAAUGACAAUGGUGGUAAUGGGGGUGUAGCUGAAGAUGAGGAUGCUGCUGCUCCUAAAACUGGCAUUUCUGUAUUGCUUAUUCAGGUUUUUUGGUUACAAAGUUCUCCAUAUACGUAACAUGCAUGAGCACAUUUCCGAC